AUGGCUAGCAUCGUUCCCAACGCAGUCACUUCCUCCAAGUUCGAGCCGCCUGUUCUGCUGUUACUCUUGCCUCAAGAGCAGUCGGCAUGGUGCCACCAACUCGCGGAAGAGGGAUAUACGGUCGUCCUCCUGCCGUAUCCUGGUCCAAUCGAACCUUUCGAUGACCUGUUGUCUGGUAUCGCGCAUGAUAUCUCCUCCAAUGUCUGGGGGGUUAUCACCUACGGUCUGAGUGCACAGGACGCGAAAGUGCUACGUCUCUGUCUUUCGCGAUCCAAGCAUCUGCCUGCAUCGCGACUGAGAUGUGUUGUGCACUUCAGUCCUCUCACUGAGGACCGAGAGGAUCUGAUAUAUAUGAAUGAGGCCGGCCGGUACAACCCGACAGCGGUUCAUUUGCACGCCUCGCAAGAGCAGCUGCACGCGAACCUUUCCCCGCUGUGCACCCCGGAGGGUCUCGGUUACACGCUGCCUACCUCUGCUUACCAUCCUGUCGAAGUCCACACUUACCCGCUCGUGCCGGCGUCACCCGCGUUUCCACUCCUCACGCAGCCUCCGAUCGUACUGAAGAGUGGUACGAGUUCCCCUCAGGAUCCACACGUGCAGUCGGCCACAGGGCUCUCGUACACACGGACGCUGCAGCUAUUGCGUCGGGAGCUGGGCCCGCAUUUCAAUCUUGAGAAACUGUGGGAACAGCAUACAUAUUUUGAGUUCGUCGAGCGUGAUGCGCCGAAAACCAUGCGAACUAUGGUCGCAUCGCCUUAUGUCAAUCACAUCCCUACCAUGACAGGCGGAGUGGGCUUUGACGAUCUUUCUAGGUUUUACAAGUAUCACUUUACCAGAGUUGACGUUACUCCUCCCGAUACAGAGAUGAUCACAAUAUCCAGGACAGUUGGCGCCGAUAGGAUCAUCGACGAAAUGAUCUUCAAGUGCACCCAUACCACUGAAAUCGACUGGCUCGCGCCCGGUAUAAUGCCGACAGGAAAGCCGCUCGAGAUAGCUCUGGUGGGCGUGGUCGCUUUCAGAGGAGAUAAGUUGACGUUUGAACACAUAUACUGGGACCAGGCCUCGGUCCUUGUUCAGCUGGGAUUACUUGACGCAUCCAAACUACCUGUCGCCGGAGCGGAAGUGGCAAGGAAAGCCAUGAACCCCUUCGGGCUGCCGAGCAACACACUUAUGCCUAGGUGGAGCAGCAGUGCAGGACUGAGUAUCGAGUAG